AUGACCGCUUUUUCAUUGCCACCAACAACUCGACCAUCAUUCCAUCGCCGUCUUCUGUCCUUCCCCUCCUUCACAACAAGUUUGUUAUUAUUAUGGUUCAUCCUCUUCACUCUCCAAGUCUCCGCUCAAUCCAUCCUCAACAACACACUCUGGUAUCCAACUAAUCAAAUUCUUACGUGGGGAAAUAAUGAAUUUAAUCGAUGUGGUUAUCCCUACAUUUCCUCCUCAAAUACUCCCAUCCGAAACCUUCGAUUUGAACAUUUAGCCUUCAACAAUACCUAUUCCUACAACCCUGUCAAUAAUCAUUUUGGUCAAUCGUCGUCAUUGGAUGUUCAUGCGAGUCCAAUCACUGUUGCUGAUGGAUUUUCAUUCAAGAUGGUUCUUGUGCAUUAUUUGAACUCUUCUGGUGGCUUUGUGAAUGAAACUAUCUUUGGAUGUGGUGACAAUGGAAAUAACCAAUUGGGUUACUACUAUAAACCUCCAUAUGCAGUUUCACCCAUGUCUCCCAUUUACACCUUUAGCAACGAUGCCUUAUUAUCCAUCAAUCCUUUAAGAAAUGAAAAAGUCAUUCAACUCACCUGUUGGUUCACUUGUAUGGCCUUAACACAAGAUGGAAAGAUUUUCAUUCAUCUCUUGUAUUUGAGAGCUUGGACUCUUUUCAGUGGCCUUCCUUUGACCAUGACAAAUCCAGAAACUUUUUCUGAAAUUCCUGUAAAGGUGAUUCAAGUGGAACAAGCAGGUCAUUUUGGUGAUGAAACUUAUUUUGCAUUGACUAGUGAGGGAUUUGUGUAUUCAUGGGGUGGAAAUAACACUGGAAUUAGAGGUCAUACGUUCACUACUGAGACGGUCACCACUCCAGCAUGGAUUCCUUCCUUGAGAAAUAUUUCAAAAAUUGUCGCUGGUUCCAAUGAUUUUGAGAAUACUCAUAUUGCAUUGGCCAUUAAUUCCACAGGACAUGUGUUCAUAUGGGGAAGUAAUGAGUAUGGAGGAUUGGGACUUGGAAUUUCAGAUGUAAGCCAGACCUCAUUUGUGAAUAUUCCUCAAUUCAUACCAUUCGAUUAUGAUGUGACAGGACCUUUUGUAGGAGCUGACAUUAUGGAAUCUCAUGUCGUGGCGUGGACGAAAAAAGGACAAGUGUUUACAUGGGGAAAGGAUGACAAUUUUGAAACAACUGGCACUGGAGUUGGUAAUCAAAAUUCACCUUUCAAUUUGACUCAAUCUCUGUAUGAUGUGGCUACAUUGUCCAUUUCUUCUCCACAAGUGCAAGAUUGUAGUGCUGCAACAGGAGCUACUGGUUGUUUGAUUAGUGGAAAAGUUUUCACAUUUGGUGCAUCGCCAGUGACAGGAACGAUCCAACAACAAAUUUCUCUCGUUCCCAAUUUGGAUUCAGCGGAUGUCAUUUAUUUCAAGUUAUUAAGGGAAGGAGGAAUUGCUAUUUUAUCCAAUCAACAAGUAUUUACAUGGGGUGACAAUACUAGAGGAAAGAAUUGUUUUGAUGAUUAUUUACAAAUUCAAUAUGCACAACCUAUCACUCAAAAUCCACCAACUCCAUUCAGACCUUUUCUCAAUAGUUCUGAACCUGAAUUGGGUCAAUUCAGCAAAGUCAUUGUUCGAAGUGGAGAGGAUUGUAAUCUUGUCGUUGUGAUGAAACCAAAUUCCACAAAAUCGUCACUUCAUCUUUGGGGAGUUUGUUCGAGUAAUUUAAAUUUAGGAAUGGUACCACCUGUGAAAUCUCCUUCCGCAAAUCUCUAUGACUCGUUGCUUACUUCUGAAACUAUUGUCGAUGUGAGCUAUUUGAAAACUCAUGCUCUUGUUUUGACAGAUCAAGGAAAUGUCAUUGGUUUCGGUGCCAGUAGUGCCUUUCAAUUUGGAUCGAAUCCCACGGAAGCCACUCGUGUCGACUUGUUACUUGACACUCCCGACUGGAAAGUGAAACGAGUGUCGGCUGGUGUUGAUUUUUCACUCCUCUUAUUGAGUAAUGGAACAUUGGUUGGAUCUGGAGAUAAUAAUAUGGGAAAUUUAGCGAGUACCAUAAAGAGUGUCACGACCUUUACUGUAUUGAAUACGACCAUUUUAGGAAUGGAUUCGAUCAUGGAUAUUGCAGCAUGUAAUGGGGUGUCGUUUAUUGUUUCUUCGAGUGGAAAGGUAUUCGGAGCAGGAUCUAAUACUGGACUACGAUUGACAAAUGCCACAACUGAAGAUCCAAUUCCUUAUUUUGUUCAAUUACAAGGUGGAAUCAUUGAUUCGAAACGAAUUAUUAAGGUCGUAUGUUAUGAUUAUGCUGUAUUAUUAUCGGAUGAUGGAGUUGCCAUGGUUUAUAUGGGAGGAACUUCACAAGUGUUAAAUCUUACAGAUCCCACCGAUUCUGUCAUUGAUAUUUCCACUUACAGAAAUGAGGAUCAAAGAGGAAGCAAAUACAAUUUUGACAUUCAUUUAAUGACAAGAAAAGGCAAUGUCUACGGAAUGGGUAUGAAUGAAUUCUUUGAAGUGAGUCCAACACUUGAAAAUGACAUCUCUGACACUCCCACUCUGACUUUUUCAAAAUCACAACAAAAUGGUGCCAUUCCAUAUGCCAUUGCAACAGGUCUUCGACAUGGUCUUGCAGUAGUUGGAACCGAAUGGACCUGUUUCUCUAAGAACGCAACCGAUGACACGGUUUGUAAUUCUGCAGGAUUUUGUGUUGCACCUGACACUUGUCGUUGUAAACAUCAUGCCAUCACAGGAGAGGAUUGUAGAAUUUUUAAAUGUUUUGGAAUUUUACGAAAUGAAUCCAAUGUGUGUUCAGGAGUUGGAAAUUGUACCUUUUUGGAUACAUGUCAAUGUCCAGAAGGUUUUAUUGGUAGUAAUUGUUCAGUAGCCUUACCUGUGUGUUUUGGAAUACUUUCGACAAAAUCAAAUGUUUGUAAUGGAAGAGGAACUUGUGUGGCUACAAAUACUUGUGAAUGCAAUGAUGGUUAUUUUGGAGCUCAAUGUGAAAAGCAAUCCUGCUAUUCAUUUUCUAAAUUUGAAAAGGAUUUAGCAGCUACUCGGCGAUUCUCCAGCAUGAAAAUCAAUUUGUGUCAAAAGAUUUUAAAUUAUUUGUAG